AUGGCAGAUGUUUCGGUGGCCAACUCAGCGCUACGUUCGCGUGGUCACGCACCUGAGAGCAGCGAGAAAGAAGCAGAAGUUUCCUCCUCCUCAUCACACAGCGCAUCUAGCUCCGAUGCUCGGCCUACCAUCAGUGCUGCAGAGAAGAAUGCCAGUGCCGGAGAAGAGAUCGUCGAAACGGAUGCUGACCUGGAAGAUCCACUCGAUCCAGAGCUCAAAGACAUCCCACCCCAGGUCCUUCGGGUCGUCAGUCUUCACGACGAUACGACAGAGCCAUGUCUGACAUUUCGAUACUUCCUCCUUGCAACCCUCUUCGUCGCUCCAGGCGCUUUUCUCAGCCAAAUGAAUAGCUUUCGGACGACAUAUGCACCCUACAGCGUCUUCUUCGUCCAGAUCGCGAGCAACUAUGUUGGGAUCUGGUUGGCGAAAAUCUUGCCGAAGAAAAAGAUCAGAGUCCCAUUCACGAAGUGGAGCUUUAGCAUGAACCCAGGCCCGUGGAAUACUAAAGAACAUGUUCUCAUUACCAUCACCACGACUUCAGGGGCUACGGGCAACUUGGGUGUCACGCCGCUCGCCUUGGCAGAUCUGUACUACAACCAACCUGUAAAUGCUGCUGCGUCAAUCUUCUUCAUGCUAGCAAUCGUGUGGACGGGAUAUAGCUUCGCUGCCAUUGCGAGGCAGGUAUUGAUGUAUGAUCCUGCGUAUCCUUGGUUUCAAUCACUUUGUCAGACGGCCUUGUUUGAAACGCAGAAGAAACAGCGUGAGGCACCUUCCAAGACUGCUAAGAAGCAAAUGUGGGUCUUCUGGAGUGUGUUGUUUGGCAUUGCGCUGUGGCAGUUUAUGCCUGAGUUCAUUAUGCCCUUUUUCGGCUCCAUGGCUUUCCUCUGUUGGGUGGCACCUCACAACAAAGUCGCGAACUUCCUUGGAUCAGGACUAGGAGGUAUGGGGUUCUUGAACUUCACUCUAGAUUGGGCGAAUGUGUCGAACUACAAUGCCGGUGUGAACUUGUUCCUAAGUCCUUGGUGGACGCAGGUUGUGCUAUUCUGCUCGUUCGUGAUGUGCUGUUGGGUGCUCAUGCCGGCGGCGCAGUACGGCAAUCUGGGCUCAUAUCACUUCGGCCUCCAAACCAACAGGCCCUUGCGUGAGAACGGCACUGUAUAUCCUGUUGCAGAACUGGUCACAGCUGGCAAUCAGUUCAAUCAGACCGCUUUCGAUGCCAAUGGACCGGUCUAUCAGGGUACACAGCAGCUUUGGUCCAUGUUCUUCGAUUAUGCUUCGUAUACUUCGGCAUACGCUUGGUUGCUUUGUUUUGGAGGGGGGCAGAUCAAAGCAGCUUUCCGAAAGUUCCGCUCGCGAACACACAAUCCAGGCGAGGGAAUCAACCAUCAAUACACCGACCGUCUGAAUGUUCUGAUGCGGAGCUACCAAGAAGUACCUCUGUGGUGGUACUUUGCACUCUUCCUCGCCUCCUUUGUCUGUCUCGUUACAAUAGCAGCCACUGGUCAAAUAUUCAUUCCCGUCUGGACAUACUUCAUUGCAAUCGCCACCGGAGCCUUCACAAUCAUCCCGCUCGGCUGGCUCUUCGCAGUCUCAAAUUUCCAACUCCCCAUCGGCACCUUCAACGAACUCCUCUACGGCGUAAUGGUCGAAAGCCUAUCUUCCAACCGCAACCCAGCCGGCGCAUCAGUCUACGGUUCCAUUGCAGGCGACGCCUGGUAUCGUGCACAGUACAUGCUACAAGACCAGAAAAUAGGACACUACAUGCACAUUCCACCCCGAGCAGUCUUCGUCAGUCAAAUCUAUGGCUCACUAAUUGGCGUCCCGAUCAAUUACGGCACGAUGCGCUGGAUCCUCAGCUCCAAACGCGACUACCUCAYAGGAGUCACCACAGAUCCCGCACACAUCUGGACAGGCCAAACCAUCACAACAUCACUCAGCACAGGAGUCCAAUACGUCCUCAUCGGUCCCUCACGAUUAUUCAAAGAAGACAUCUUCAAACCCCUCCCAUACGCCUUCCUCGUCGGCGCCAUCGUCCCCAUCAUCCUCCUUGCUCUGCAUCGCUUAUUCCCCCAAGCGAAAUUCCAUCUCUGGAACUCCACCAUUUUCUUCUCCGGCGCUUCGAUUUUCUACGGUAACAUCUCCACGGGAUAUUUCUCACGCUUUAUUGGUGGUUUCGUCGUCAUGUUCUGGGCUUAUCGAUAUCGCUAUGAGCUUUGGAGUCGGUAUAAUUAUAUCCUUGCGGCGGCUUUUGAUGCGGGAUUCAAUUUGAAUAUGUUGUUGAUCUUCUUGGCUUUUGGGGCUGGGAAGGUCGUGAAAAUGCCGCAGUGGUGGGGGAAUGAUGGGGAUAGUGUCGAGCGGUGCUUUGCUUUGCCUAAUGGUGGGCCUGUGAAGAAUGAAUGA